AUGGCAGUCAGAGGUACGGAUCCGAGAGGAGGCAUUUUGCUCUUCACAGACAGGGCUCUGCUGGAUGGGGGGGACCUGACUCGGAUUUCAGUCAUCUCGGCACCUGAAAUCAAGUCUCCGGCUCGUGAACUGGAGAGCUUGCCAAAAUGUCCCCACCUGGCAUGCUCACCAGCCUGGCAAUGGGGUCCCGGUAUCUUUUACAAGCGGCGUGAAUGA